UGUUAAUCGAACUUCCGAGUAGAAGAGUCGUUGAUGCCUGAACAGGCGAGUUUGCUCGCUGCUGUGGCUACUGGCCGUUUAUCAGUCAUCAACGACGUUGUGAAUAAUGGGGAUUUCAGGCAGAAUGCAAAUCCACAUGUCCUUAACUUUCUCUAUAUCGCUUCGUUUGGAGCCAUCAUUUUGAACGCCAGCACCACCGUCACAUCUCUAUUUCUUAUCGACGAACUGGGAGACCUCCCCACCGUUGCCUCUGAUCUUGACAAACCACAACGUGGCGGUGCGCUAAAUGCUACGGAUAUUUUCGUCUAUUAUGGACUGAAAAAUACCUGGACUUGGCAUUGUAAGCGCGUUUAAC